AUGACUAGUUCUAGUGAAACAGAAGACGAUCAGUUCUUUGACACCCGUGACGAAAUUUCUUCUUCUGCAUCGGACUUGGGUUCCGAAUCGGAAGGUUGUCCGAGUAAUGGGGUCAUCGAUGGUGCUUUUGCAUAUGAGUUCUGGACUAAGAAGCCCAAUAGUGUUCGUGAAAGACGUGAUAAUUUCUUUAAAUUGAUGGGCCUGAGUAUGGAUGGGCACAACAGAACCGAUGGAGAUGAAGAGGAUGAUUUACAACAUGAAGAUGAGGUGAAGGACUUUGACAGAUUUAUGAACGACAAUGAGGCUGUGCUCGCAAGUUCAGAUUCUGAACCAAUAACUAAUAACGGUGUUAUAGAGGAAAAUGCAACAUGGAAAAUCAAGAACCUGGACAACGGUACCGAAUUUGUUGUCGAUACACAGGAUGAGGAUGGCUCUGUUACCACAUUUCGCGAAUUGGGUUCAGAUAAGAUGAUAUCACUCGACGAGCUUCAGAAAGCUUUCGGCUCAUCCAAUUUGGUUCAGCAGUUACUGCGCAAGGACUCCUCGAAGGGGUCGAAUGAAAUCGUGUAUUCCAAAAAGAAGUCGAAAAGCAGUUGGCUCCAGAGAUUUAGUGCAGUGGCUCACAUUGCGGACAGGAAGAAGGGGUUUCUUGAUAAGACGAACGAGACCGAUUCAAGCACAAGAUCGGGGGUUCGAGUCCGUGCAACUAAAAAGCAUUCGAAAGAACUUUCGGCCCUUUAUGCAGACCAAGAAUUUCCCGCACACGAAGGUUUGAUCUUGACAAUGAAGUUCAGUCCUGAGGGCCGGUAUCUGGCUAGUGGUGGGGUGGAUGGGAUCGUUCGUGUCUGGAAGGUUCUAGAAGAUGAUAACGUGAAUAAAUUUAAUGCGCUAGAUUUAGAUCCUUCCGGGCUAUACUUUUGGCUCGAUCAUGUUUCAAAGGUGGCUCCUGUGAGUGUUGUUAAAGAGAACUCGAGUUCGGCGAGGAAGUCUUUCGAGUCGGCUCCUGUUGUUCUUCCUCGAAAGCUCUUUCAGUUAUCUGAGAAGCCUUUGCACGAGUUCCAUGGACAUGAAGGGGAGGUUUUAUCUCUUUCUUGGUCCAAGAAUGGGAGUUUGCUUUCAUCUUCGGUUGACAAAACCGUUCGCUUGUGGAGAGUAGGAAAUGAAAAUUGCCUAAGAGUUUACUCUCAUAAUAAUUAUGUGACGUGUGUCGAGUUCAAUCCCGUCGAUAAUAACCAUUUCAUAAGUGGUUCAAUAGAUGGCAAACUUCGCAUAUGGGAAAUUGAAGGUGGGAGAGUUGUUGAUUGGACAGAUAUUAAAGAAAUAGUAACAGCUGUGAGUUAUAGUCCUGAUGGCAAGGGAGGCAUCGUUGGCUCCAUGGAUGGCAAUUACCGUUUUUAUGAUGUCAUAGAUGAUCGCUUGGAAUUGGGUGCUCAAAUGUGCCUGAAUGGAAAGAAGAAAUUGCCCGGCAAGAGAAUAACCGGAUUUCAGUACUGUCCUGGCGAUGCAAGCAAAAUUAUGGUCACUUCCGCCGAUUCACAAGUGCGAAUAAUUUGUGGGACUGACAUUGUGUGUAAGUUUAAAGGUCACAGGUGCACGGGAACCCAAUCACCCGCGUCCUUCACGUCUGACGGUGACCAUGUGGUCUCGAUUGGCGAGGACUCGAACGUGCGCGUCUGGACCUACGCAGCCCACGACCAGAAAUCAUCCCGCCCGAAAAGAAUAUUCUCUUGCGAGACCUUCCCAUCUCCCAACGCCACAAUCGCCGUCCCGUGGGGCGGCCUGCGCACCAAGCUCACAGGAUCUCUGCCAGGCAGCGUACUGGGCCACGGCCACCUGGACGAGAAGCUGCUGCAGAAGCUUCCGGGUGCUUCCAUCCCCGACUACUUCGCCAACAGCCUCGGCUUCUUCCUGGACGCCCUCUACAAGGGCUCCGCCACUUGGCCCGAGGAGAAGCUGCCGCCGAGGUCCAAGCCCACCACACAGGCCCAGUCCAAAUCGGAGUUCAAGUUCCUGAGGAACGCGUGGCUGAGUGCAUUGAACAAUCCUCAUCUGUGGGGGCUCGUGAUCGUGACAGCUGGCUGGGACGGGUGCAUUCGGACCUUUCUCAAUUACGGCUUGCCGAUACGGUUUUGA